UCCUUGCGAGUUUAUGAAAACCUAGCUAUCUGCUAUAAUUCCAUGCCCGCGAUCAUUAUGUACUCACCGAUAUCUGUACUGAUAGGAUAUACGUAUUUACAAGCAACCUUUUGCACAUAUUACUUCCAUUAAUUCGCUCAUGAUAAAUGCAAUUUCCGAUGGAUUUUGAAAUAGCAAUUAUCUACUUAAUUUUUUGUGUAAAUUUUCAGGAUUAAUUUGAAAUGCGUGUGACCUUUAAGGAAUCACUACGUACCUAUUUACUUUAUGAAAACCUAUAUAUCGGUUAUUUUCAGGUUUUUAUAAAAUUAAAAUUAAAUUCUAUACGGCACAAAGAACAAGAUAAACAUUGAAUUAAAUGUACCAAUGUACAAUGUUAAGUUAUUACGUCUAAUUUAAAAAUGAAACUGAAGAAUUUUAUUCAAAGAAGGACGCGAAUAAGUGUAAGUAUAUGUAACUACACGCACUGCAGGACAUGCCAAGUCGCAUGUCUAUUAGUGAAAAACAUUGAUGACAAAACACCGGACGCAGACAAAUAUCAGUCACGCACAUGUGCACAGUGCCAAGUUUCAGUUAAUUGCAAUUAAGAAAAUUUGUUUAUUGGUGCAUCAAAAUACCUGAAAUAGAAAUUAUAGUUUGUCUAUUUCUCCGGUAUUUUAGCUCCCCUAGAAAAUAAAUGUUAUUAUGGUAUCAAGUUUGAGAUUGCACGCUUGCUUCGAAUACACUUUUCACAUGAUGAUUAAUACUUUAAUUAUACUUCGAUUGUACACAGGCUCCAUUAGAAGCUAACGAGUAUGAUUACAUGAAUCCAUAUGCCAUAUUCAAUAAUUGUUAUAGCACUUACGUCUGCCUUAUUAUUAUGCGAUAUUGGAUCUGCGUCAUAAGGACCAUUUAUCCACUCAAUCACAAACAUUUGUAUUCAAUUACCUAUAAAUUAUUACUGCAUACAGAAUGAAUAAAUAUUCCCUCUUUUAUUAAUCAACUCUAGGGUGAAUCUAUAGGUAUAACGUUAGGGGGUAGCCGCCCUCGUUCUAAAAGUAGGUACUCAUUUAUUUACGUGGGAGAGCAUACACCUUCUUUGGUCCUACAAACUUCUUAAUAAACUUAUGUUUAAAAAAACGGUUGAUACUGGAAUGUGAAAUUGCAUGAGAAAAUUACAUUAAUAGCAUGUUUUAUUUACAUAUAUUAAGAUUACAGAUUGUUCGCCUAAAAUCAGGGAUAUUAGAAAUCACAUUGUUAUUCUAAUGUGUCAGAAGCUACAAGCCAUACCUUUUAGUUAAGGUAAACGGCUAAAAAAACUUAUUGCUUUAUUUGUACGGGGUACCUAUCUAUAUAUUUUUUUCACAUGGUCCUCAGACUCGCGAAUCAAACUCACAAACAACUAUCUCAGUCAGCAGUCAGUAGGUACUAAGUGGUGUCAAUAAAAGAUAACCUGUAUAAUUUGGAAUAUGUUAAGUGAAGAGUCAGCCUUCACCUAGUAGGUAGGUACCUAUAACGCAUGUAGCACCGUCUACACAACAACACCGUCUAACAACUAACGACUCAAUUAUUUCAAAUCAAUUAGGGACGACCGGGGGAAUCAUGACAAGCUUUGCGAUUCUAUAAAAUUCGAAAGUCACAUCACUCACACUUGGCAAAUCAUUUUCACUUCUUCUGAGCUCGACUUUGAUCUAGGUCUCAUGCAUGACUGAAACUCAAAACUAGGUAAAUUUCGUCCACAUCUUUUACUUAUUUUUUUAUACACAAAACUACUUGUGUCUUUCCUCAGUUUGGGUGGCAUAGUUGAAUGUAAAUAUAGAGUACCAAUCAUUAUUAACUAUCUGAUGCCUGCCUAAAUUUAAUUGUACAGAUCAGGUGUAGCGAUAUAGGUAUCGCUAUACAUACCUACAGAAGGUGCCUAUUAGACGGAAAAACUAUAUUUCCUAUAGUUUAGCUCGACCAUUAUGACUCUUCUUCAGGUGUUCCAGAUCUUCGAUUUUUAUACUUCGACAGAAAAUGCUCACCAGACUGAACAACUUUUGUUAGGGCGUCAUUUCUAUAUUUCCUAUAUAGUUCAGUAGUACAAAUCAUAGGUCUACAUCAGGUGUUCCAUAUCUUCGAUUUUUACAACUCAACAGAAAAUGCUCAUCAGGCUGAACAACUUUUGUUAAGGCGUCAUUUCUAUAUUUCCUAUAGUUUAGCUGUACCAUUAUUGUUCUCCAUCAGGUGUUCCAGUUUUCAAAAUCAUUUAUACCCUAUAUGUUGCCCAGGCUUAAUAGCUAUAUAACAAAAAAGUUUCAUUCAAAUCCGUCCAGUAGUUCCGAAGAAUAGCGGUACAAACAGACAGCCUUUUUUUUUUCAAAUUCUUACUCUGUUACUAUGUCUUUAUCGCCUAAUUUUGUUUUUAUGUAAAUUUAUUUCAUGUAUAAAACAUUUUAUUACAACAUUUUAUAAACUAUUUUAUUAUAUUUAUUGAUGUAAUUUUCUAACAUUAUUUAGGUAUACAUGUGUAAGAUAUUAAAGGGUUUAUGUUUGUAUCCUUAACUAGGUAAUAAAUACUUUUUAACAAAGACGAGAAGUCGGGUGACGGUCGUGAUGUCGUGACAUGAUAUUAAGUUUUUAAAAUCAUGAUGACACCAAUGUUGCAAAAAAAAAUUGUUUAAUUAUUAAACUACCUAGGUAGUUAUCUAAAUAGGCAUAACGAAAUAACAACUUUGCUUUAACAUACUGCCAUGUGAGAAGACAGGGAAGAUAGGUAAUAACUCAAAAUGACACAAGUGAGACUUAUCUCUAAAUAAAUUUUAAGCGUUGUUUGCAGAAUUCAAGUGCUGGCUCUUUAUUAGUACCUAUAACCUUGAUUUUACUCUUAGUAAAGCUGGUUGAAAUGCCGGAAACCAGCUUUGGAUCUAAACACAUUUAUGUUUGCAGAACGCGAUCAAAUAGACCGAACCCUACUGUUUGUCGUAGCCCGACUUCGUAUAUUACCACAAAUGUGACAUGACGUAAUCUUGCAAACAUUUACGACAAUAGAUCAGAUUUUUUUAAAGUAUUUACAAUCUUUUUUUCCUAUAAUCUUACUUAUUUGAGUUAAAUAAUAGGGGGUAGAAGUUCUGCAUUUUUUAAAUGAGACAUGAAAUUUUAGAUUUAUGUGACGGCUUAGUGAUUUUAGUUUUUUGUUAAUAAUAUUGAAAGAAAAAUUGUUUAUUUGGUAUAAACAAAUUAUAUCUAUAAUUUUACAGUCCAUAUUCUAUGAACCAGUAAGUAAAAGUUAAAUUUUCUCUUAUUACCAAAAAACUAAACAAUUUUCACGAUUAUUUUACUCAGCUAAGUCUAUUUACCUGUAAAUUAUUCUCAAGUAUUUAGUUACAGAACAUUAUACAUGUGUAAAUGGCGUUGCAAAACUUACUAUUUAAUUUACCUUACUUAUAUUUUAAUUAUAGUAGUCAUUAGAUGUUUAUCUAACGACUUCAAUUAAAUUAUUAUGAAUGUAUUAGAAGGAUAAUAGAAGCUAUGAUUUUUAUAACCCGUAUAAGUACUUAUUCUGUGGGUUUGAUGGACAUAACCACUUCAUUCUCAUAUAAAAUACAUACAUAAGUAAGUACCUAUUUGUGAAAAGAAGUGAUCUUAUAAAGAGGGUUGGCUGAUUGCCUAAUUUACUACUAAUCUACUAAAUCGCCAUUAUAAUUAGUAAGAUGUCAGACACCGCGAUAAUGUGCUCCUAGAGCGAAAAUCUCCAAACAACGGAUAGGCGCGUAUUGACCACUCAAUCGGAGGUUGAGUAUUUGGAAAAAAUAACGUUCUAGGAAUUUUCUAUAUCGAAACAGCUAUAUAAUUUUUCUCUAAAAUUAAUGAUUUUCUCUCUAAAAAUAGUCAACUAAUUUCCGAAAAGGUCAAAGAAAAUGUUUCAGUCGGUCGGACCGCUCUUGACCGACUUUUCUAUGACAUAACCAGCGUCGGUUAUUACUUUUCUGUAAACGUGUAUGUGCCUAAAUUGGUAUUUAGACGUAAUAUUUACCUACUUCCUUACGUCAUGUUAAAAGAGUCUUCAAAACAUAGCAAGGUAUUAAUCGUGCGCGACGUUAGGCAAGCUCUGGCAAACUUUGUAGGUACAUGAAGUACAGGUACUUACAUAGUUGUAUGUUUUGUAAUCAUAAAAAAAUAUUUUUCUCCUUUCAAUGACUUAAUCUUUUAAAAUACAUAAUAUGAUCAUAACACACAUUGAAUUAAUCUUACCUAUCCAAAAAUUGUCGAUAAAGUCGUAUAAUGUUUUAUUCAAUCCAUGGAAAAGGUCAUCAAAAUGUCAGUAGAGUAGGUACUAAUUGGAUUUUAAAUGAACUAAUUUAUAACUACACUUCGAGAAAUCUCAAUUGAUUUUUGAAAUUAAAGCCGUGAGGACGUAGUAACAAUGAAUCAUCACGUUUACAUUAGUCUGUUACAUUUUGGAGUUGCUUUUAGUUUGAGUUGUGACGAAAUAUUGGAAAGACCACAAGAUAAGAAACUGACAAUGCGUGAGCUACAAACGAUUCAACCAAAAGAUAUUGUGCAAUGUUUAGCCCACAUUGGAAAGGAGCAACUAGAAAAUUCAGAAGCCGUGUACGUAUGGCAGUCAAUCAUCGGCCAUUUUGGAGGAGUAGCGAGCAUUCCAGACGAUGUGCUUAUGACACUCCACUGGAUCACCCCGGCGCUGAAGUCCGCAGAUUACAAUAACAUAACGUUCAGUAAUAUUGAUGUUAUACAAAAUUUUGGUUUGAAUUACAAUUUAAAUAUGGAUCAACUUUCCACGUUAGCUAACCGUGUUAGAGAAGAUUUUGCUGGUAAAGAACCAGAAGAUUACACUUAUUACGAUUUGAACGCCAUUCGGCAGAUAUUAUGCGCCUUCAACAGAAGCGAGAUUGAGAGGAUACAUCCUUCAGCUUACAGGGAAGCGGCAAUUGUUAUUGGAAAAUUAGAGAAUUGUAAUCCAGAAGUAAUGGAAGGUUUCGCAUCUUUAGCUAUACAAGCGAGUGCAUUUGGUCUCCCUAACACUUGGUCCGAAGCGACUAAGAAAGCUCUAGGAAAAAUUGUAGAUUUCGUUCCUCAAGACGUUUCGCAAAUUAUUGAUACUAGUAAAAAUGUAAAUGCCACCGAUAAGCCAUAAUAUAAUUAGAAUGCAUUUUAAAGGUGUAAAACACCUUUAAAAUACUCUUUCGCUUAACUAAAAUACGAUACAAUAUGAUAGAAAUAGAAGUGUGACAAAAAUCAAGAUUAUAGUCGUUGAUUCAUUCUUGUGCCUGUGUGUAAUUGAUUAAGUAUUAGAUAUUACGUAUUUCAUGCCUUAUGUGGACUAUUUAGAAUAACUAUUAGCAGAAACUUUAGGUAUAUCUAUAUGUUAUUUUAUUCGAUACGCACCGGCGUGAUUUUAAAAGUUGUAUGUGUAAUUUUAUAUCAAAAUAAGAGUUACUUCCCAUCGCUCACUCGCGUUCCGUCAUUUUGUAAUCCGUCGACAGCUAAUGUGUCAAAACCUAUAGAAAACAACGGAGCUAUAACGUUCAGCGUCGUCCCAUCCCAACAGGGCACGACAAACAUACGUAAGAAUUACGACAUCGCGUUGAUGUCUUGUACUUAACAAAAUUGAUAUCGUGGAUCAAAAUCGAUUAUCUUUAUAUAUUUUGUUUGGUACAAUACAGUUAUUAUUGAUGUCCAGUAUUUAUUAAUUUUCACUGUAUAAUUGUUGUUGUUUUUUGAAAUGGUAAAAUAAUAAUAAGUAAUAUUGAUUUUUUUCUACCAGUCAAACACUAAUGUUCUGGUUUCAUCCAAUGGAAUGGAAAAAGAGACUCAUAAAUUAUUUUUUUGUAAGUACGACUUGUUAUGUUCAAGUAUAGAAAGGAAUAACUUGUUAAUAAAUAACGUGUGAAGAACUCACUUUACCGAACUUUCUUUUGAAAAAUCAUAUUUAAUGUAGAUUACUGGCUAUUUCGGCGAAUGGUUAACUCAGCUGUUUUUUGAGCGGUAUAUUGCAUACACGAAGGCAAUACGAAAUACGAAAACCAAUGAAACGCGUAAAUAUUCACAAUCCGGUCUAAUUUACUAAGUCCACACUACAAAUCAGGUGAGCGCAUAUUGUAAUCAAUUUUAGUUUUUUUUUGUUCAAGUAUAGCUUCGAUAUCAGACUGAAAAUCCGUGGUUCACUAAACAUAGAUUUCUACUUAUUUUGCACUUAGUAGGUAAGGUAUAAAAUUUUACUUACCUAAUUACAUAUAAUUAUUUUUUUGUCCAAGUGUUUUUGGCUGGUUAAUGUGGAUAAGUCCACGUUUCGUAAGCGAAAUGACAAGUAGGGCAUGGCAUCUUGUGUGUGUGUGAUGUAAUAGAUGUUUUGUACCUGCAAUCUAGACAUGAAGUGUAGGUAGACUUAUAUUCAAUAUACAAAAACACAAUAGAAAGAUUUAAUUUAAACACAAUCACAAAAUAUCACUCAUAAAUGCUAAGUAUGCAGGCAUGUGCUUCCAAGAACUUUAUUAUUAUUUAUUUUUAACAUCUGCAUCUCCGCAUCUCGCUGGUGGUAACCUAUAUUUGACCUCGAGUCAGUGUGUGUAGUGUGUUGGUAUAAUCAAUAUACCAGUUCAAAAUUUUAUCAAAAUCGGCAUAGAGGUUUUGCUGUGAAAGCGCGGGAAAGAUAGAAAUAGAAAUACAAAUAAACUUUCGCAUUUAUUUAUAAUAUUAGUAUGGUAGUUGGAUGAUUCUAGCUAAAACUGAUUUCUGUUGGCUUUUCUAGUGACUGUCUACAUUGAUACAACCCGAUGAUGUUAUUGUUUAUAUCAUACAAUUUAUUAGCCAAUAAAUUGUCAUUUUAUCAAGA